GACCAAACUGAUUCUUUUCCUCAGGUUCGACAGCUGUUUUUAACACCGACAUCCAUCAUCAUCACCAUGUCUAAGGGGACCGUGGUUCUGGCGUACAGCGGCGGGCUGGACACCUCCUGCAUUCUGGUGUGGCUCAAGGAGCAAGGCUAUGACGUCAUCACAUACUUGGCCAACAUUGGACAAGAUGAAGAUUUUGAAGCUGCAAGAAAAAAGGCAGAAAGUCUUGGUGCAAAGAAGAUUUUCAUUGAAGAUCUGCGCAAAGAGUUUGUGGAGGAUUUCAUCUGGCCUUCAGUUCAGGCUAAUGCAGUUUAUGAGGAAAAUUUGGCAUUCCGGUUCCUGUCACUCCAAAGGCACCCUGGAGCAUGGAUGCUAAUCUCAUGCACAUAAGUUAUGAAUCUGGUAUUCUGGAAAAUCCCAAGAGUCAAGCUCCACCUGACCUGUACUUGAUGACCAAAAACCCGGCGGAUUCUCCCAAUGACCCGGAUGUGCUGGAGAUAGAGUUCAGAAAUGGAGUGCCUGUCAAAGUGACCAACGAGACCAAUGGCACAUCCAAAAAUGCACCACUGGAAAUUUUCUCCUACCUCAAUGAAAUAGGAGGAAAGCACGGGGUGGGCCGCAUCGACAUAGUGGAGAACCGGUUCAUCGGCAUGAAGUCACGAGGUUUUUGGUACAGUCCUGAGUGUGAUUUUGUGCGUCACUGCAUAGCCAAAUCCCAGGAAAACGUGGAGGGCAAAGUGCAGUUGUCAGUCUUCAAGGGUCAGGUCUACAUCCUGGGACGAGAGUCUCCCAAGUCCCUGUACAACGAAGAGCUGGUCAGUAUGGACGUGCAGGGAGACUACGACCCGUGCGACGCCUCUGGAUUCAUCCGGAUCAACGCCGUCAGGUUAAGGGAGCACCACCGUCUGCAGGGCUUCUCUGGCAAAAAGCAGUAACUGUGGGACACCAGUGAAUCAUCAUUUUCACUUCCUCUUUUUCUUCAAACUGUGUCUUAACUCCUAAAAGGUCAACAUUGUGCCUCUAGUGUCUACCUUCUGCCUUAUUGUAAGUUGUGUUAGGUUGUCAACAAAAUGAGUAAAGUUUAUAGCACUGGAAUCAGAAAAAUGAAAUAUUCUAACUAUAGUGUUUUUGCAGGUCUGUUAGAUGCUUUAAUAUAGUGAAUCAAUAAAGAAUUAAAAAGUA